CCCCCGGCGGCCGGGGGAAGAUGAGCUCGCAGGAUGAGCAGUUCCCAGCGGCGGCAGCCCCCGAGCCAGCGGCCGCCUCCGCCGACGAGGGCAUGACCUGGUGGUACAGGUGGCUCUGCAGGAUUGCCGGGGUCAUCGGGGGCGUGUCCUGUGCCUGUGCUGGUCUCUGGAACUGUGUCACCAUCAACCCCCUGAACAUCGCGGCCGGCGUGUGGAUGAUGCUCAACGCCUUCGUCCUGUUCCUGUGCGAGGCCCCUUUCUGCUGCCAGUUCAUCGAGUUCGCCAACGCCGUGUCCGCCAGGGCCGACCGGCUGCGGGCCUGGCAGAAGGCGGCUUUCUACUGCGGGAUGGCCGUGUUCCCCGUCAUGCUCAGCCUGACGCUGACCACGCUCUUCGGCAACGCCGUCGCCUUCGCCACCGGCGUGCUCUACGGUCUGUCGGCGCUUGGGAAGAAGGGAGAUGCCAUCUCCUACGCCCGGAUCCACCAGCAGCAGAAGCAGAUGGAUGAAGAGAAGCUCACGGGGAGCCUGGAGGGACAGGCUCUCUGAAGGACACCAGCUCGGGGCAGCAUCUCCUGGACACUGAGAUGGUGAAGACGUGGAAGCCCACGCUGCCCUUCCCUCGGUCCUCUCCACUCCCUGCUGCACCACCAUUUCCCUGGAUGCUGCAGCAACUGGAAAUCUCAGGGGCUGGGGCAGGCUGUGUCCUCUCCUCACACCAGCAGCCAGACCUCAGCACGUCGCUCCUUCUCUCCUCAACCCUCAACCCGCUAUCUCACAGUGCCCCUAUUUUUUAAUAUUUUUUUUCCUUUUUGCUGCAGAGGUGCUGGCUCUCUGAGUGCUGCUUUCCCAGCCUUUUAUUUUUUUUAUUUUAUUUUUGGAGUGCCCUGUGGAUGGGUGAGGAGGGACAGAGCACCUGGCAGUGCAGGUUCCAUGUGUUUAGGAACGCUCCCUGGGAUCGCCCCUCGCAGGUACAACACCUAACCCAGGCUUUGCAAAACCCCCUGGAGCUUAAGCUUGGUCUUCUUCCAGUAUUUUAAUUAUGGGAGCAGGCCCUGGAGGCAUCGCUGCUUGGGGAAAGGACUUCCAGCAAAAACCCAAAGGAAGAUAAAAUCCAUCUCCGCAGGGGAGCUGCCAGAGCUGCUGGGCAGAUCCUGGGACCUUCAAAGCUUCCUCUGGAUACAGCUGCAGGCAGUUACUGCAAUUUACUUAAAUUCUAAAAUUAAUUACUUUGUCUUAAUAAGGGAACUUUUCUUAAUCGUCACACUUUCACUGGGACAGAAGGGAAACAUUUGCUAUACCUCAGCUGAAGAGGAUGCUGUUUCUUGAGCCACGUGGGAUUUUUUGCUGGUGUGAGGGUCACUGAUGUGCAAGAACAUUCCUGCCUCCUGAGCCUGGGACUCUGCUCUGUUUCCCCGCCUCUGUGAAGGGACCUGCUCUUUGCUUGCCUGGCGCAGCCUUUCCCUUUGGGAUUGUGUUUUUUUGCAUCGAUCCUGAGCUGGUUUUGGACGGGGAGGUGGCACAUCCUCCCUGUGCAAACACAGGGGAGGCUGCACCGUUUCAGUGUGGACAGCUGAGAUGUUUUACUUUGCUAUUCCAGGCUCUUUCUGUGGUUUUCACAUUGUAUUUUCUGUUUGCUUUGUACCAUGCAGGACGAAUCUGCUGGCUAAGUGCAGAUCCCCCUCUUCUCAUCACAGUUUGUCCUGGGGAUUUUAAUUUAUUUGGAUUUUAUAUGGUUGCUUUUUGUUUUGGUUAGGAAAAAGGGGAAUAAUUUAUUUCUAGUUAUUUAUGUAUUUUGAUGGGACUCGUUUUCUCUGGAUAUAGGAGAAAGGAGUUCUCUGUCUCCUGUCCUUCACAGGGCUGCCUCAUUUCACCAGGGGUCUCUGAACCCAGGGACAGCCCUGGCUGCUGCAAAAUCCAAUGCCAGCCUUCAGAGUGUUUCUCAGACUCUUCAAAGAAAGUGUGUUGUCCUCUGACCCCUUUGUCUUGUUCUGGGCCGCAGACACACUGUGUCUUCCCCCUGUUCUGGAAGGGAAAAAGGAGGAAAAGUGGGCUGUAAGUGCUGGAUUGGGACAGCCACCAGCACUCUGUGUCCCCACUGGAAUCCUUGGGUGCAGAGGGCUUGUGCUGUGGUCUGAGCAAUGCUGCUGGAGGCCGAGUGCUGUCUGUCAGAGGGGUCUGUCCGUGCUGAAAGCUCUCCUUAGACCCUGCCCUCCCGUGAGCUGCUGCUCCUUCCCUGCAGCUCAGGAGCUGUGAGGAUUCCCACCAGUCAGGACCUCCAGAGGCCCCUGCAGCUGGAUGUGGGCAGACUUUUUGGUGCAAAUCCCCUUUCCCUGCUGCCUUUGGGCUUGGAUUGCUCCAGCACCCCUUGUCUGGGGUGCAGAGCAGGCACCACCAGCCUGGAUUUUUAGUUUUUAUUUUUUUUUCCCAUAAAGGCAGCUUUUCUCCAUAAAAGCUGUGCUGGUUUGGAGCCCCCAGCCCUUGGCUGAUCCCUGGUGCUGAAUGCAAUGCACGGGCCAUUGGCCCACAGCCUGCAGGGAUGGAUGCUGCAGCAGGAAUGCGGGAUAUUCCAAUGGGAAUAACCUCUGGGCGGUGCAAGGGCAGAGUCCUGCCCCGGGAAUGGGCUCAUCCUUUGAUUUCAGGGGGGCGUGGGGAGUUCUGUAGAGUUUAGUAGAGGAAUGUUGCAGGCUGAUGCAUGUCAGUGUCUCUGGUAGUGACAGCUUUGCUCUGUGAGUAGUUCUGCAGUAGCUUUAGUGUCAGGAGGAGAAAGGCAAAGCACGGCUCAAAGGGCUGAGACUUCCAGGGUGCCCUGAGCAAGCACAGAGCUGGUGGGACCCUCGCUGGCCUCAUCUGUCCCUCCUCCUGCCGUGGUCCCUGGGGCUGGGGCAGGUGGGUGCUGCUCUGGGUCACCUGCAGGGCUCCUUGGCACGCUCUGCUCCCCUGGCACCCAGGCAGAAGUGCCAGCAGCGCUGUCACGGGUUUGUGACCCUGGGGCUGAGGCAAAGGAGAAACCUGCACCCGUGAGCGGGUGGCAAAGCUCAGCCCCGAGCUGGAAAUGAGCCUCAGGGGCUCCCCUGAAAGAGCUGAGCUGGAGCCUUUGGCCGCAGUGCUUGGAGUGUCUGUGCCUGUCACAACUGGAGGCGUCUCACACCCGCGCUCCAAGGGUGCUCACCCCUGCGGGGGCCCGCCUGGAGUGGGAACCCUUGGGAAUUUUGGAACCAUCGUUGCAGACGGGCUUGGUGGCAGCUCCCGUGGCUUGUGAGAGCUGCAGUGACAGCCAGGGGAUGGUCUCACCUCGGUGUGGUGGGGAUAGGAGGGAGCUGUGGAGUUGUAGCAUGGCAGUAGUUAAACGCCAGCGCAUGGUGGUCGUUAGUUGUGUUCAGAGGCACCCUCGGGGUGCUUGGAGCUGUGCAAGGACAAAUGAAGUUCAAACCCUGCUCUGGAGGUUUCACAGGCUCGACCCAGCCCCUGCUGAGGGCAUCCAGGCCGGGUGGCUGAUCCGCAGGGAGCGGGUUCUGCUCUCCAGGCCUUGGGAAGGAGACGAUGUGAGGGCUCAGGGGCGGGGGAUGCGCUGAGGACAGCGAGAGCGGGAGGACGCUGGGGAGCAGUGGCCCGUCACACAGCAGUCACCAGGGCAGCAUUUGUGCGCUGUGCCACCCUUCCAUGCCUCUGCCACUCGUGUGUGGCAGCCCCGUGUCCCCCGGGGCACCAAGGGCAGAGCAGAGCUUGCUGCUCUGGGCAGGAGCUGCUUUUGUAACACCCAUUGAUUCUGUGUGUGUGCAGUGAAUAAAAACACCGUUCUACCUCCGGAAAGAGCCACUGUGAUUUCUCAGACUCAUAAAAGUUGUAGCAAAAGCCCUCGGACUUGCUAUGCAGAAGAAAGGAGGUCACUCAGAAAGUGCUCCUCCGGUGAGGUUCUCUCAGGAGCUGAAGAGUCCAACCUCGUUUCCUAGUGGGGCACUUCCUCCUUAGGCUGAGCCCUGGGAAGCUCAAUUCAUCUCUGUCAUUUUUUUUCCUCAGGAAAAAACAUCCACUGUCUUCAGGGAAGGGUUUCACUGAAGUGAAGAUAUCAAGACCUGGUCCAUAGCCAUGUGAGAAAGAGAAUGCUCGAGCACAGGGCUGCCAGAAAUCCUGAUCUUCAGAAGGUCAGUGGAAACCAGAGGCUCUUGAGACCUCUCAUAGUCAGGCCAUGCUUAGAAAAAGUUGUGUUCCAGCCAGGGCUGAACAUCUUUCUGGAAAAGGGUCUCAGCAGCAAAGAGUAGGUUUAAUACUGAAUGUUUUCUGUGGUUUUUUUUUUUGGCCCACCACUCUCCCUCUGUCCUAGGCUGUUUUAAAUUAAUGCUGUGACAAAGCACAUCUUCUCUUAGGUGAUUUCUCAUCUCCUGCUGCAGGAGAUCAAAAUGGCAGCUGGCACAUCUGGAGGGCUGGAUCAAACACACCCUGCUUCCUUGUGACAGCAGGCUGAACAUCCCAGAACAGCCCUGGGGGUGCCAAGUGCAUUUCAGGAGCUUGGGCACGUCAUGCCCCAGCUCAGUCUCUGUGUUUCUGCCCUUUUGGGAGGAGCCAGGCUGGACUGAGCAAGGCCAUUUGUUCCUCACAGCCCUAACCACCUCCUGCAGCCUGUUUUACCUCGGGUUAGCUCUAAAAAAUAAUUAUAAAAAAAAGUUCUUAAUCUUGCAGGACACACAGGAAAGGGGUAAGACUGAUUUGCUACUAACUAUGCAGUUGAAAUCUCAAAGUGAUGGAGGUGGAGGCACGUCCACCUCCCUCUUUGUGGGUGGGUCAAACCCCAGGGUGGGAAGGACCCAGCCCAGAACAAAGCGUUGUCGGUACUCUCUGUGUCUUUCCCACAGGGAAUCACUUGCACUACAGCUGAAUGUUUGUCUGUUCCCAUUCUUUCGUCCCGAGUUUUCUUUGUGAACUGUAUUUGGUCUUGUUCAUUAGGCUUCUAGUGUAAUGUGUGUUUUUAGAGCAAUAAAACC